CCCCCUUUUCCCCCUUGAAAAGCAGGUAGUUGCAGAGCUGUGUGGAGGCGGGCAGGUUUAUCAGGUUGUCUGGCUGUUGGGUCAGCCUGUCUGUCUUCAUUCCUUCAGAAGGAUCUUAGUACUUAGCUCAAACUGUUCUCAAAUUCUCGGCUGCUCUUUCUCCGCCUCUCUUAAAUUUUAAUUUUUUUGCGGUGAGUCCCAUUAUGUAUCCCUGACUGGCCUGGAACUUGCUAUGUAGACUAGACUAGGCUGGAACCUACAGAAAUCCAUCUGCAUGCAUCUGCCUCCUGAGCCACUGUGCCUCUCUGGUCUAUGUCAAAGGAAGACUGUCGUCAGGGCUAGGAAGCAGUUCCUAGCAGGAGAGCCACACUGACUUCACAGACCAGAGGUACAGGAGAACUCUCCGGCGCAGCAGGCGGGCCUGGAGCCCUACUUUGACUUCAUCAUCACCAUCGGGCACUCGAGGCUGAACAAAGAGAACGACACGCUGAAGGCACUGUUGAAGGCCAAUGUGGAGAAGCCGGUGAAGCUGGAGGUAUUCAACAUGAAGACCAUGAAGGUGCGCGAGGUGGAGGUGGUGCCCAGCAACAUGUGGGGCGGCCAGGGCCUGCUGGGAGCCAGCGUGCGCUUCUGCAGCUUCCGAAGGGCCAGCGAGCACGUGUGGCAUGUGCUGGACGUGGAGCCCUCUUCACCUGCCGCCCUGGCUGGCCUGUGCCCUUACACAGACUACAUAGUUGGCUCUGACCAGAUUCUCCAGGAGUCGGAAGACUUCUUUACCCUCAUCGAGUCCCACGAGGGGAAGCCCCUGAAGCUGAUGGUGUAUAACUCCGAGUCUGACUCCUGCCGGGAGGUGACUGUGACUCCCAAUGCAGCCUGGGGUGGAGAGGGCAGUCUGGGGUGUGGUAUUGGUUAUGGAUACCUGCACCGGAUUCCAACGCAGCCCUCCAGCCAGCACAAGAAGCCACCCGGUGCCUCACCACCUGGCACUCCAGCUAUGACCCCACAACUUAAUGCCUUUCCUCUUGGUGGCCCACCACCCUGGCCCAUCCCUCAGGAUUUGUCUGGCCCAGAGUUGGGUUCUAGGCAGAGUGACUACAUGGAGGCCCUACCACAGGUCUCUAGUAGCUUUAUGGAGGGACAGCUCCUUGGGCCUGGGAGUCCUAGCCAUGGCACCACUGACUAUGGGGGAUGCCUACAUUCCAUGGAGAUCCCACUUCAGCCUCCACCUCCAGUGCAGCGAGUCAUGGACCCAGGCUUCCUGGAUGUGUCAGGCAUGUCCCUUCUGGACAGUAGUAAUACAAGCGUGUGCCCCAGCCUGUCAUCCUCCACAGUGUUGACCUCCACAGCGGUUUCCACCUCAGGACCAGAAGAUAUUGGUUCCAGCAGCAGUUCUCAUGAGCGGGGCGGUGAAGCCACGUGGUCAGGGUCAGAGUUUGAGAUCUCCUUCCCAGACAGUCCAGGGGCCCAGGCCCAGGUGGACCACCUGCCCCAGCUGACGCUCCCUGAUGGCCUCACGUCUGCAGCCUCACCUGAAGAAGGGCUGUCUGCAGAGCUGCUGGAAGCACAGACUGAAGAGCCGGCAGACACGACUAUCCUGGAUUGCAGGGCAGAGACUGAGGGGCAAGCCGGCCAAGCCCAGGACGCCCCAGAUCCAGAGCCUGGGCUGUGAGAACGCCCCUGGUGACAUCUGGUGUGGCUUAGUUGUGUAGCUCUCUAGGCUGCAGCCUCUAGUGAGGCACAGGCUUUGCUAGAGUACAUACAUGGUCCUGGAUUGAACACUGGAGCAACGACCAGCUUCUGUAGAGGCAGGAGACUGGAAUCUAGACUGUGUCAAUGAAGGAAGCAUUGAUGCCUUCUGGGAAGGAGGCAGCAGGCCCCAUCACAGUGUCCAUGUGAAGAUGGGGUGAGGGACAGGAGGCUGUGUCCACAAGCAGCCACACCUAUACUGGGAGGACCCCGAGUCCCAAUGCCCUUCCUCAUUCUAAUCCUUACACUGGAUAAGAGAGGUAGUAUAUACCUGGUCACUUCUAGGCCCUGCAGAGGGAUCUACCUCUGCUGGCUGUUCACUAGCCCCAGGGGGAGGUGCAAGCAAGCAGACACUCCAAUUCUUGUUUCCUGUGAUCUCUCCUUUCAGCCUUCACACACAAACAACAGGCUCUGAGUAUACAAGGUAGAGCUGGCUCUGGCGGUAGACAGAUCAAACUAAGCUUCCUGUCAAACCCUUCUACCCAGCCGUUCUCGCCCUGAGAGUUGGUAGAGCCCUCCCGUCUGUCCUCAGUGUAAGGAAGGAUGCCUUUAGAGGACAUCUGUGCUGCUGCCUUGCUACAGAUAGCACCAGGCAUGUCCUCUGCAGCUCCAGUCCCAUGUCCUUUGGUCUUGUUUUCCAGCCUCUUUGUCCCGCCAUCCACAGACCAUGUAACUGUCUGUCCAGGGCACAUAGACUGUUAAGCAAGGGCUCUCUGUUCCAGGAAGCACAGUGGGCCAGGUCCUGGAUGGGUGAACACAACCCCAAGCACUAGGAAUACAUUCAUAGCCAGGCCUGUGAGCUCCCCGCACUCCCCCACUCCCAGUGAGAGGGGCCUGUGGCUGUACAACAUGGCUUACCACAGGGCUGCUCUGGGGCCAGCUCAAUUUAGCUCUGUGGUUAGGCACUCUGACCCCCAGCUGCCCUCACUGGAAGGUCCUGCUUCUCAGGACCCCAUGUGGGGUGAGACGGAUGCUGAUGCUGUUUCAAGUAUGAACCCCCACAUGUUUCCCUGUAGUCUGCUGUGGGGAAAGUGACAAAUGAAAAAAUAAACAUGUCCGGCACACUGAA